GCCAUCUGCUUUUUAAUCCACCCAAACAAACGCGCCGUACACUCACUACCUUCCUCCCAUCACUUUCUUCACAAAAAGGGACAAAAUAAAAGAAAUCAGAAAAAACACUUAUUAGAGAGAGAAAGUAGAGAGAGAGAAGAGAAUGGAGCACCCCAACAGUAGCAGCGGCAGCAGAGCGGAGGCCGAGCGGUGGCUCCUCAUCGCCGACAAGCUCCUCACCUCCCGCGACCUCAUCGGCAGCAAGACAUUCGCGAUCCGAGCCCGCGAGUCCGACCCGGGCCUCGAAUACGCCGACCGGAUCCUCGCCGUCGCCGACACACUCAUCGCCGCCGAGAGUCGGUUCAACAAUCAGCACGACUGGUACUCGAUCCUCCAACUUGUCCGUCCGACUCACGACUUGCAGCUCAUCGCCACACAGUACCGCCGACUCGCACUUCUCUUGAACCCUAACCGGAACAAGCUAGCCUUCGCCGACGAAGCCUUCAAGCUCGUCUCCGACGCCUGGUCAGUCCUCUCCAACCCCUCCAGAAAAUCUCUUUAUGACAAUGAACACAAUUUGUGCCCGAAGCUCGAUCCGAUUGUGGAGAUCGGGUUGAGCCGAGCACCAGAACACCCAAAACAACAAGAAGAAGAUUAUAAUAAAGUAAAUCAGCAACAACAGCCCGUUUGGAAAAGCCCUAGGCGUACUAAUAUGAAUGAUAAGGAUCAAGUAAAUCAACAACAACAAACCAUUUGGAAAAGCCCUAGGAGUACUAAUAUGAAUGAUAAGGAUCAAGUAAAUCAGCAACAGCCCGUUUGGAAAAGCCCUAGGAGUACUCGUAUCAAUGAUAAGGAUGAAGUAAAUCAGCAACAACAAGCCGUUAGGCGAAGCUCUAGGAGUGUGAAUAUCAAUGAUAAGGAUCAAGUAAAUCAGCAACAACACACCGGUAGGCGAAGCCCUAGGAGUACUAAUAUAAAUGAUAAGGAAAAAGUUGUGACAGAGGAGCCUGGCAUUCAUAAUACUGAUAAUCAAACUUCGAGUUUUUGGACUGCAUGCCCAUAUUGUUAUUACAUGUAUGAGUAUCCUAGGGUUUUCGAAGAUUGCACACUUCGGUGUCAGAAUUGCAGUAGAGCAUUUCAUGCGUUAGUGAUUCCGUCGCCGCCACCGAUUUCUGAGGGGAAAGAGGCGUAUUUUUGUUGUUGGAGUCUUUUCCCCUUGGGGGUUUCGAUGUCGAAUUUGGAGAAAAAUAAGGGUGGGGUUCGGAAUUGGACACCAUUUUCACCCAUGUUUACUUGUCCUCAAGUCGUCCCAAGGCAGAAUGUGGUUGACGGAAAUGUUGAUGUUGUGGAGGAAAAUGUGAAUGUUACUGCUCCAAGAUCAAAGAAGGUGAAUAGUCGGAAGAGCUUGGCACCUAGGAUUUAUAUUGAAGAGGACCAGGAUGCUUUUGUGGAGAUAUCAGAAAGUGAUGAUUCUGAUGAUGAAUGGGGUAGUACUAGAAAGAAGAAGAAAGCCAAAAAUGUGAAGGGAAAGGAUUUGCCAGCUAAAAAUAUGAAGACACCUCAAGUGGAAAAAGGAAAGAAUGUUAGAGGGGGUAGUGGUGAAAACUCAAUGCCCGGGGCUGUAGUACAAGAUGGUUUAGGGGUGUCAAAUGUGUCAUACGCUGGUGCAAGCAAGAAAGCAGUGCCAUCAAAGAAGCAAACGGUGAAGGUUGCAAAAGAAUCGGGGAAGCUGGAUUUGAACGUUGAAUUUAGUAAUGAGGUUGAAGAGCCUGUGCUGGGAAUGAGUGAAGGAAAUGCUGCAGGGAAUGGGGAAGAGGAUGGCAUCGAAUUCUUUGAGGGCCUCGAUGAAUUCCUGAAUACGCUGCCGAUACUUUCUGUUGUUGGGGACAAUAAGGUUAAGGCUACCUAAUAAAGUAAGCCUCCUUUUGUUGUUGUAGUAGUUAUUGCAUGUACUUUUGUAGUAAUGGAUAUAAUUUAUGGCAGUAAUUUUUAUUUAUCUUUUAA